AUGUCUGUCAAUGUCUCAAACAUUGUAGCAACCAAGGUAGGUCUGCAUAAGGAAGAGGGCCAUUAGCAAGAAGUUGGCUGGCAUGGACACAGGGGGUGUGCCGGAGGGUAUGCAGUCCUGUGUUCUGGCAGAACCAGCCUGGUAACCCACCACAUAUGGCCAGAGGCCACACAAAGCUUAUUUGAGGAGGGGGCUUGUAGCUCCUUGGAAAGUCCCUAAGACCACCACCCCAAUAAGCCGCACAUGCUCAGUAGGUGAAGAACCCUCUGGAACACUACCAUAUAUGUUGAGAACUGUCUAGAAUGAACCCAUAUAAGUCUUCAAGAGGCGUGACUGUGGACGGAGAUUUAGAUUAUAAAAGACACAACUGCAAAGAGCGGCACGCGCGCCCAUCACCGGAGGAUUGCCACGCUCGUCGCCGACAUCGCGGGAUCCAAGGGUGGUUGACAGAAGCCCAUCGUGGGACUUAGGGUUUCAGUUGUUCAGCGGGUCAUUCUUUGCAUUGUUUGCCUGAUCCUGUUAGGCCCGUUGCUGUUCUUUAUUAGGGAAUAGAUGGUGUGGGGAAAGUUUAUAUUCUUACUUUGUGAAUGUAUAAUCUUGUCUCAAUCAACGGGGAAUCUGAAUAACCAACCCAACCUGGCAUGGGAAUUGAUUACUGGUUUCGUCCGAAUCUGGAAUCGGACAGACCAAGGGUUUUGCGUGGACCUCCCUACGUCCGCGUCAGAGGGUCUCAAAUUUGCCGUUAUUUGGUUAAAUCUCUCACGAGUGUUAAAUUCAAAAUUAGAAAUGUUAAACCAAAAGUGUAUUCAGAAUACUCUCUGGAAGGAACAAUGUUUGUGGGGAAUUGACUACGCACCUUCUCUGGGGUGGGAAGCUGACUACAUACCCUCUCCGGUAGCCUAUAAGUUUCCAGUUAACACGACCUGGAGGGAUAUGUGGAAGGCUACAUGCUGGAAGCAACAGCUCUGCAUAGGAACUAUGAGUGCUACCCUUGCAGCCCGAGAGGGUUGGACAGCAUGUCCCCAGGAAGUGCAACUCCCUUGCAUGUCUGUACUGAAUUCGAAGUGGUGUCCCCGGGAGGAGGAGAUCCCUUGUAAUCUGGUACGUUGGUGGGACCCUCCCCCUCACGGUGAACCCCUACAACAUGAAUAUAAUGUUCCGCUAUCCCCAGGUUGGUGUAUUCAAAUUCCUCGCAGAUGGGGUAGCUAUGCCCACCAGAAUCGUUCUCGCUAUGAAUACGCUUGGUCCCUUAAGCAUGCUUUACGUGAUCCAGACAAUAUAAUUGAUGUGCGGGAAAUAGAUCCCCUACCCUAUAAGAACACCCCCUUAAUGACCUGUUCACGGACCAUUGAUUGUAAAUCGUUAACAUGGGACCCUAUAGAAACAUGGUAUGUCUCAGAAUUGCGAACUUUCAUUCGGGAUAUGUGUACUUGCUGGGGUUUUCCGGUACCAGGAUUUAAACGUAGAGACCCCAGGUGUAAAGGGCCCAUUACCAGUCGAAAAACUGCAUUAAAAUGUGGAGUCACACUUACCCACGAAACCAAGUGGAACCUUGUGUGGAAAGGAGGAAUCGGAGUAACUAAAUCCUAUGACCCAUUAACGUGCUCCACUAUGAGAUAUCCAUCCCCUCAGGGCACCUUUUGGGCAUGUUCGAAUGGGAAAAUGUACUCACAGCUGCAUGUACACGAAAUGGCAGGUUUACGCUGUACCAUCGGCGUUCCAACAAUGUGCCCUUCUAAAGUGUUCAAUUUCUCAGUGCCCCAUCAUAACAGAAGGCGCUGGGAAAGUGAUGGACCCAAGACGCGACCUGAGUGGGCAGUGCAUGGAGUUCAGGUGCCUGAUUAUUACACCUGGGGCAUGACAACAUCUCUGAUGUUGGAGAAUAUAUUUACCCCAUAUGUGACCCUUAAAAGGCACCAAUUCGUUUUAGAAAAUCUGACCUGGCAAGUACACGUCCUAAGCAAUUGGACCCGUUAUACUUUCGGGGAAACAAAUUUACAGGUUCAACAAGUGUCUAAAAUGGCUUUGCAAAACAGAUUAGCUUUAGAUAUGUUAUUGUUAAAGGAGCAAGGUGUAUGUGGAAUGUUAAAUCUCACCGAUGGAGAAUGCUGUCUCACCAUACACAAUGCAACUACCACCAUAGAAGAAGCGCGAGAGAAGAUGAGAGAGGUAACAGAGAAAACCGGAGAACUUUUUCAAGCGAUGCAGCCCAAGGAUCGGUUUAACGGCUGGGAUCCGAAAACUUGGCUCACCUCUCUUGCAGGCUCACUGGGACUUACAGGUUGGGGAAAAUGGCUUGUAAACAUUGGUCUCAUGAUACUGUGUGGAUUUUUAUUUUUGAUAAUGGGCCUUGCAAUAGGCAGAUGUAUGAUCUCUCGCUUGCUAUCCUCCAUUACAUCCAUUCGUCAUGUACGGAUCACAACGGUCGAGGAAGACCUCAGGGAAAGUGACUUUUGAAUAUUGUUGUAAUGUUAGGGCUGUGGGUUCCUGUUUUGCCUAUUCUUGUUACUCUUACCUUGUGUUUCCUCCUUCUGCUGUCUGUGAAGUCGCCACCCUGGACGAGGAUUGUAUGGACAAUGUUUGAGCCACGGGGUGGUGUGAGGGACUGAAAGAGUUAAUGUCUGUCAAUGUCUCAAACAUUGUAGCAACCAAGGUAGGUCUGCAUAAGGAAGAGGGCCAUUAGCAAGAAGUUGGCUGGCAUGGACACAGGGGGUGUGCCGGAGGGUAUGCAGUCCUGUGUUCUGGCAGAACCAGCCUGGUAACCCACCACAUAUGGCCAGAGGCCACACAAAGCUUAUUUGAGGAGGGGGCUUGUAGCUCCUUGGAAAGUCCCUAAGACCACCACCCCAAUAAGCCGCACAUGCUCAGUAGGUGAAGAACCCUCUGGAACACUACCAUAUAUGUUGAGAACUGUCUAGAAUGAACCCAUAUAAGUCUUCAAGAGGCGUGACUGUGGACGGAGAUUUAGAUUAUAAAAGACACAACUGCAAAGAGCGGCACGCGCGCCCAUCACCGGAGGAUUGCCACGCUCGUCGCCGACAUCGCGGGAUCCAAGGGUGGUGACUUAUCUGUUUUCUUUCCCCCCCUCUUUCUUUUCUUUUUUUUUCCUUAUUCCUCUCUUUUCUCUCUUCUUGUGAACGUUUUGCUGCAACCCACGCUGCCCACUGUUAUGCCUUCCGCAGUUUGGAUUGUUCGAAUAAAGCGUUCAAAGUGA